AGCAAUAAAGUGGAACGAUUUGUGCAUUAUCAAUGACAAUCAUGCUCCAAAAGCUUGUCGUUGGUUAAGUUGUCAAACAAGUCACUGGCCAAUCACUCGAGCGAGUUUUGGGAAUUGCGGUCCUAAUGAAAUCCAUUCUGUUCUUUGCUUUGGUAAAGAUGUAAACCAUUCAAAAUGCAGGUUAGUAUACCCAUGUUUGAAAUUGCUAAGAGUAUUGGAUUUAUCAUUAGUUAAAUGCACACAAGGCAUGCCUCGUGAAAUAACAGACUUGGUUCAUUUGAGAUACUUGGCUUUAAGUACCAUUGGUUCUCUUUACAAGUUUCAAUUUUUCAAGCUUAAGAAUUUAGUAACUCUCAUAGUUACUUCAUGGAUGGAAAAAUGUCCUUUGCAACUGCCAUGUGAUAUUUUGGAUUUGCCACAAUUGAGGCAUUUGCAUGUUGACAAGAGAUGUUCACAGUAUCUCCCUUGCUUAGUCAAAAAAGAUCUACAAACUCUCUAUUGGUUGAAAGUUGCUAGCUCUGAUGAAAAUCCAAACUUUGGAAUGGUUCCAAACAUAAGGGAACUUGGGAUUUUCAUUGAAGGCCAACUGGCGCCUAGCUAUCUAGGGAGCCUUGUGUAUUUACAUCAACUUGAGAAGUUGAAGUUUGAAGUAGGAAGAGUUGAGGGUUUUUAUCUACCAACAGGUUUUCGACCAAACCUUAAGAAGUUAACACUUCGUUAUACUUAUCUUCCAUGGAAGGAGAUGGACACAAUUAGCAAGUUGCCACGCCUUGAGGUGCUUAAACUAAAAGAUUUCGCCUUUUGUGGCCCAACGUGGGAACCAUCGAAGCAAGGCUUUCGGAAAUUAAAGGCACUUCUUAUUUCAUAUUCAAAUCUCGAACAUUGGAAUGCAAGUUCUAAUCAUUUCCCAGUUUUGGAGCGCCUUGUUUUAAGAUAUUGUUGGGAAUUGAAACAAAUUCCAACUAAUUUUGCAAAAAUUGGUACACUGAAUUUAAUUGUAUUAGAAUGUUGUUAUUCUUCUCUUGUGACUUCUGCAAUGCAUAUUUCUUCUGCAAAAAGCAAAACAUUAAAGGGAAAGACAGAUUGUCCACUUCGUGUUCGUAAAGUUGGAACUAAGGUUGAAUUGCCUAUUACUAAAAGCUAUGUAGAAGAAAGUGUUGAAAGCUCUGAACAAGAAAGUGUUGAAAGCUCUAAUGAAGAAAUGUUGAAAGCUGAUAACAGUGUGAUGACAUAUUUGAAGAAGUUAUUCGGGUGAAUGCAUUGACGAAGAAAGUGCAGUGACUGAGGAAAGGUUAUUUUGAUGUGUUGCAAUUGAAUUCGAACUUUACUUUAUGUUUCAGCUUGUAAGUUAAUGGCUGAAGUUUAUUGCUGAAUAAGUUCUCCGGUCUAUUGCCUUUCAUGAG